AGCGGAGGAGGAGAUGUUGGUACCACGAUGUAAAGAGUAGAAACUCGGUCGUUUUUCGGAGUGAAAAGUUGUUUACUGUUGUCUACCGUUGUUGACUGACUUUAUACGAGUUAUACAAAGCUGGGGGAAAUGUAGGAACUUCCUGGCCGCCGGUGUCGUUGCUUCACGAUGGAGGAACCAGCGACAAGUAUUCUCCACAGAGAGUUUGAAAUGUCCCUGUCAGACGGUGCCUCGGACGACGAUAUGCCCUUAACGUUACCCACAGAGGGCAGCCACAGUGGGAGCAUCCGAAAGGGAUGCGAUCCUUUCGCCCAGACUCAGCGCAGUAAACUGCAGCACAGAAGAGCGCGCAUCAACCAGCAAAUCAACAAGGAGAUGCUAAUGAGAGCCGGAGCAGAGAACUUGUUCAGAGCGACGACCAACAACAAGGUGAGGGAGACUGUCGCUCUGGAGCUCAGCUUCGUCAACUCCAACCUGCAGCUGCUGAAGGAAGAACUAGAGGAGCUCAACAGCAACAUGGAGGUCUACCAGACAGACAGUGAGGCUGUCAACGUUCCCAUGAUCCCACUCGGUUUAAAAGAAACCAAAGAGGUGGACUUCACUGUUUCUAUCCAGGACUUCAUCUGUGAGCACUAUGGAGAGGACAGCUCUCUGUACGACAAGGAGAUCAAGGAGCUUAUGGAGCUCAGACAGGCCAUGCGUACACCCAGUCGCAACCAGGCUGGUCUGGAGCUGUUGAUGGAGUACUACAACCAGCUGUACUACCUGGACCAGCGCUUCUUUCCUCCACACAGGAACCUCGGCGUUCACUUCCACUGGUACGACUCUCUGACAGGCGUCCCGUCGUGCCAGCGUGCGCUGGCCUUUGAGAAAGGAAGCGUGUUGUUCAACAUCGGUGCUCUGUACACACAGAUCGGAGCACGGCAGGACCGCUCUGCCACAGCUGGAAUAGACCGAGCUAUAGAUGCCUUUCAGCGAGCUGCAGGUGCGUUUAAUUACCUUAAGGAGAACUUCUCCAACGCGCCAAGUCUGGACAUGAGUGGUCCGUCGCUCUGCAUGCUGGUCCGGCUGAUGAUCGCCCAGGUGCAGGAGUGUGUCUUCGAGCGCGUCACGCUCACGACACAGGACAUACACUUCACUUCUCAACUCAGCCUGGCACAGGAGGCUGCACGCGUGUCGGACGUCUACUUGUUGGUGCAGCAGACCAUGACGCAGCCUCUGAUGAAGGACUACGUGCCCUUCUCGUGGGCGUCCAUGGUUCAGGUCAAAUCUGAGCACUUCCGUGCUCUCUCACACUACUACACUGCUGUUGCCCUCUGUGACCACAUGUCUCCUGUAGCAUCUGCUGAGGAGAAGGAGCAGCAUGAGGAGGAAGCAGAGAAGGCUUUCCUCCAGUUCUAUGUCAGCACUCCUCUAGGGCCGUCGCUCAGCCAGGUCCUACAAGACCCUGAAAAGAGACGAAAGCUUGGUAAAGCUCACUUGCGGCGUGCAGUAAUUAGACACGAGGAGGCGAUGCGUGUCCACGGUCUGUGUAAGAUCCUGAGGAAGAUGGACAUUCUGCAGGACGUGCUGUCUCUCACACACAAACGCUCUUUGGACAAGUACUCCGAGCUGGACCGAGAGGAUGACUUUGAUGAAACCGCAGAGGCUCCAGAGAUACAGUCUCAAACCCAUCAGAAACCAGACAUCACUCCAACCAACUUCUCUACAGUGCAGGUUACUGACAUCUUCCAAAGACUGGGGCCUCUGUCAGUGUUUUGUGCGCGGGCUCGUUGGGGCCCGGUGCGACUGAUCUGCCUGCAGAGGAGAGAGGGCGGCCUGGGCCUCACACUCAGAGGAGACUCCCCCGUCCUGGUGGCAGGAGUCAUACCUGGAGGCUGUGCAGCGGAGGCAGGACUGAGGGAAGGAGACUACAUCGUAGCAGUGGACGGACAGGACUGUAAAUGGGCCAAACACGGCGAGGUUGUCAACAUGCUGAAGAGCUGCAGUGAGAGUGGGGUGGAGCUCAGUGUUGUCACUUUACACUCACAUGAUACACAGCAGGUUUGUGAGCGAAGGGCCAUCAUGCUGUCCAACUGUGGCGAUAAAGAAAAUGCUCGGCAGCGCCUGCUGGGCGCGGCUAAGGGCCAGAGCUCCGCCUCCCUGCUGAACUGGAACAGAAAGAAGAAGAGAGAGGGCAGCAGCGUCACCAAGAGACUAGGAAGCACUUUCAGUCUGUCAUUCGGAAGCAUCAGAGACGCUGAGGACAUGUACUGAGACAUGACUGCCGAGGAACUGCUCAGGGAAUCAGUGGAGCACACGGUACGAUGACGGCUGCAGACAGACUGAUGCUAAGUGCUGCACCAAUAACACAAACUCACAACCAGAGGUCUGAUCUACCAACAAAAAGCACAAAUUUAAAUGUUGAUCCUGGCUCAUAUUUUGCUUAAGCACAGUCCAGUUUGUUAUAUGGAAGCAUACGCACCAGGUAGAAAACCGUGUAGCACGUAGCUUUUCGCAAAUGUUUACCUUGCAGGAAUGAAGAGGGUGGAGCUUACUAUUGCUACGACUCAGAGCAGUAGAAACUGUGGUGAAGAGUCUAAAGAUGUGUUGACACAGAACACGAGAUGCAGGGCAAGAUGUGAGUGGACGUGAUGUUGAGCUUGCACGUUGCAUGUUCAGCCAACAAGUCACGCUGCCCUGCCUUGCCUUGUGUGGUGUUGCAUUUCCAUCACCUUUCCCUGCUUCCAUCAUGGUUUUGUGGUUCAGUCAUUUUGAGACAAAACUCGGCUUGUUAAGUUUACAGGCUGCCCUGUUAUUGCUCCUGCAUCACUCUGUGUACAAUGACACUAACAUGACACUACAAUGACGCUAAAAACGAAUUGUCGUCGACUUCUCUGUGAGACAGGGAGCUAUGAACAGUCAAAGAAUAUUUGAGCCCAGCAUCAAGUCUUAAGGAUCCUUCGAGCAUGUGAAUAUGGAGAUCUGAUAGGUCCACAAACUUUUUUUAAAACCAGAUUCACACUAGUUCCUCUGAUCUGGAUUUAUCAAAAAAAGGAGUUCAAUGGCAACACACACACACACACACACACACACAC